ACGGUGUUUGGUGUAACCCCAGCGUCUGCUUACUUUUCCUGUGGUAUUCUUUUCUUUAUAGGAAAUACAUACGUGGUUUUUAUUGUACUCCUCUACCUCUCCUGCUACGACAUGGCAGGGAACUUCUGGCAAAGUUCGCAUUAUUUACAGUGGGUGUUGGAUAAACAGGACUUGAUGAAAGAGCGGCAGAAAGACCUGAAGUUUCUUACAGAAGAGGAGUACUGGAAGCUUCAGAUCUUCUUUGCCAAUGUGAUCCAGGCUUUAGGGGAACAUCUGAAGCUGCGGCAGCAGGUCAUUGCUACUGCAACUGUCUAUUUCAAGCGUUUCUAUGCCAGGUAUUCCCUAAAAAGUAUAGACCCUGUGCUCAUGGCACCGACUUGUGUUUUUCUAGCUUCCAAAGUUGAGGAAUUUGGAGUUGUAUCCAAUACUAGGCUGAUUUCUGCAGCAACAUCUGUGUUAAAGACCAGGUUUUCCUACGCCUUCCCAAAGGAGUUCCCUUACAGAAUGAAUCAUAUAUUAGAAUGUGAGUUCUACCUUCUGGAGUUGAUGGACUGCUGCCUGAUCGUGUACCACCCCUACAGACCACUGCUGCAGUAUGUCCAGGACAUGGGACAGGAGGACAUGCUGCUGCCCUUGGCCUGGCGAAUAGUGAAUGACACAUACAGGACAGAUCUGUGUCUGCUCUACCCUCCCUUCAUGAUCGCCCUGGCCUGUCUGCAUGUUGCCUGUGUGGUCCAGCAGAAAGAUGCCAGGCAGUGGUUUGCUGAGCUCUCCGUUGACAUGGACAAAAUCCUGGAGAUUAUCCGUGUGAUUCUGAAACUUUACGACCAGUGGAAAAACUUUGAUGACAGGAAGGAAAUAGCUGCUGUGCUUAAUAAGAUGCCUAAGCCCAAACCUCCUCCUAAUAGUUAACAUCACUUUGUCUGCAGAGAAAUGACAGACAGUUUCCUCCUUUCUCUCCUUCUGUCCUGUGUUUAGUGAAAGUGACCAGAGCUCCAACGGGAACCAAAGCAACUCUUAUAACCAGUCUUAGCAGGCUGUCUCCGCCUCCAUGGGCACCCAUAGUUUUGAUGUAGAUAGGGUCGGUCCUUUCAUCUGCAAUUGACGCUCCACACUGUCUCAGCCAUGUCUUCACUUUCUCCUUUUUUUUUCUUCUGAUCGGCGUGGGUUCACGGUUUGACCAAGCAGCAGAUGAAGCGCUUGUAGUGAACCGCCACAAUCUGUGACAGCCACAUUCCUCUUCACUUUCAGACUUGAAAUGAACUCAAACUGAUGAAGGUUUACCAGAACUGUUGGUAAAGGGAACGUGUGACGAUCCUGACAUCCUUGAACCGCCCAGAAGAGCGAGUCAUAAAAUGCGGAGCUCCCUGGGAUUUGAGAAAAAAAAAAAAAAAUCAAA